UCAUGACCUCUGACCUCUCUGUGCUGCAGAUGAUGGACAUGAUGUGUGUGAAGGUCCAGGACCACCUGAACUCUCUGAGGUUCACAGAGAAGAACUCGGUGCAGGAGGACAUGAAGGUGGCCGAGAACCUCAUGAAGGACGCACGGAACUCCAAAACUCUCCUCCCGAACCUGUACCACCUGAAGAGCGGGGGGUCCAGGGGCGCGUGUGUCGGCGCCAUCCAGGACAAGCUGGAGUCGAUGGCCGGAGAGGUUGCACGAGUGAUGGACGAGCAGCUGCAGACCAUGCUGGUGUCCAUGGUGGACGCGGCUGAGGGACUGUGUCCUCAUGCCAUGAAGAGGAGCGGCCUUCGACAGGAGCUGCUGAAGGUGGGAGGGGGGAGGAUGACGGUCCCUCGCAGCUUCGUCACCACCACGCUGCUGGAGCAGUCAGGGGUUGACAUCAUCAACAAGAUAAGUGAAGUGAAGCUCAGCAUGGCGUCUUUUCUAUCUGAUCGCAUCGUGGACGAGAUCCUGGAGUCCCUAUCCAGAUCGCAGCACACUCUGACCAACCACCUGGUGAGGAAGGUUCAGCCUCUGCUGCGUCACGAGCCUCAGAUGGAGACAGAGGUCGUGCACGAGGAGGUUCUGCAGCCGGAGAACCACAACCAGGGGCAGAAGCAGAACCACAACCAGGACAAGAAGCACGGAUUGGAGGACAUGGACACAUGCACGAUGACUCCUAAAUCCAAGAGGAAGAGUAUUCUGGUCCGGAUGCUGAGGCCCGUCUCUGUGGCGUUUGCAGAGAUGGAGUUCGACCUGGACAAAGCUCUAGAGGAGGUCCCUAUCCACGUGGAGGACCCUCCUCCUCCUCCUCCGCCUCCUGCUUCUUCAAAGCCAGACAGGAUGUCAUCGUACUACGGAGACCUCCCUCCUCCUCCUACUCCCGUUGAUUCGUCGACCGUGUGUUUGGGCGAGCUGCCGACCGUCGAGCACAAGACGCUGGAGCAUCGAACCAAGUUCCGACCAAAGCCGAAGAAGAGGACGAAACCAAGCCGACCACACCGAAAGGCAGACACCGCCAGCUCAGCGUCACAUGAGACGGAGCAGAAUAGCAUCAUGGGAAAGCUCGACGAGGGCCUGGACGACUUCUUCUCCAAGAAAGUCACAAAACUCAGCUUCAAACUCUCCAGUAUCAGAGGACUCUCCUCCAGCCCUCAGGAAGGCGGGGACAAGAAACGUGAGUCCAGGAAAAGCGGGUUCUUUAACCUCCUUAAGAACCGGACGUCACGUUCAGAGAAGAGCCAAGGACCUGCCUCCAUCACGCCUCCUCAUCUCGCCUCCCCUACUUCCUCUCCACCCACUUCCUCCAUCACUCCAGUGAGUGAGGAGCCGUCCCCGUCGCCCCCCCCUCCCGAGCCGGCAGUCGAGCCCCGUCAGGAGCUCCCCAGGGCUCAGUCCUCGGACCACCAGGAUUCUGAGAUGGAGGCUUGUGCGAGUGCCGCGGAACCUGCCGAGGAGGAGAACACGGAGGAGGAGAACCUGGAGAACGUGGAGAAUGAUAGCCCGGAGAGGAAGGAGAACCCACACAUCCCACGGCACAUCGGGGUCCCUGUGAUGGGGAUGGACCUGAUGGCUGAGAUGAAAGCCAGGCAGGAGAAAAUGGCUGCAAAGAAGUCUGAGUCUCUGGGCCUGCAGGACAAAGUGGACGGUGACACAGCCAAGUCAGACGUCCAUCCCGUUGUACCAGCCGACUCAGAGGACUCCAAACCAGAGCCAGUGCCAAGGUCGAAGCCUCCUAGUGUCACCCCUAAACCGCACCCACCUCAGGCCCUCAAACCGCCUGUGGGACCCCGAAUAUCUGGGCCCCUCAGUCCAACCAGCCCAACAAGUCCCAGGCCGAGCAGCACCUUCAUCGAUGACUCCUCUGAGUCUUCCAAAGGACCACUUCCUGCUCCUCGCCUGAAGAGGGCGCCAUCAGAGCAGGAGAGGGAGAGCAUCAGCAGCAGCAGCCCUGCAGGACCGCUGUCUCCUCUGGAAGUCGAGUCUCCUGUGGACGGCGAUGCCUUCGAGUCCCCCUGUGAUGAUGUUGAAUGUGACCUCGGGGGAAGACAGUGGUCGUCUCUGAAGAGUUCAGCGAGUCCUCCCGCUGCGAUGGAGGACGACCGAGAGCGAGCCAAGUCUCUCCCCGCCUACGUGAGCCCUCCACCUCUAGCAGACACUGAUCUCAGCCCAGCCGAGGAGGAGACAACGUCUUCUGCUGAUGAUCUCAAAUCUGACAACAAAUCAGAGGACGAGUCUGACGACACUCCUUCAGUCUGAGACCAACGAGACGUUUACACUUCUUCUUCUUCUUCUUCUUCUUCUUUUAAGUCCUGCCCGACUCUCCUUCACACACACGAGGAACAUCCAAGGAGACACCGUCAAGUUUCCUGACUUUGGAUCAGUCCCAGCUUUUCACCACGUGGACACUAAAACAGCUUCAAACAGUUUAACAGGAACAUGAAGAGGAAGCAGAUCUGCGAGAGGUUCAGUUAGUGUAAAGCUCUGAUGUGAGACUCAGCAGUGGAGAUCCGCCUCUGAAGAUUAAAGAGCUCAUUUUAUCCUGCAAAUAUUCACGUUUGCAGUAUUCAGCGUGAAGUCGUGCAAGAAAGAGUCUCAGACGCCAAAAAGAGUUCAUGCACAAGCAGAAAAAAUAUAAAUGUCACCAAAACAGGCUUCUAAUGGGAGCAGAAGCAAAUGAAAGAAUGCAUUACAAUUGGCCUUCUAUAAAAAGAGAAAUAAGAUGUAUAUUAAUGUCGGUCCUACAUUUAUUAAUAUUUAAAUACUGCAGAUAUGAUUUGGUUUAUUUUGCAGGAUGUGGGUUUGCAGGGUGAGUAAAUCACAGUCUUGGUGACCUCUCUGAGUGUAGAGGCCUUUGAGCAGAUUUGCAGGUUUUGACUUCAUGUCAUCUGCAGAUAAAGAUGUGCUUUAAAACUUCUGGGAAAUCUUGUAAGUCGGCCUCGAGUCAGACGAAUUCAGAGCACUAUAUCUUAAAUCAAGAGGAACUUUGAUGCUCAAGUUUCUGUUUCAGUUCUGCAGACUUUUCUGUAACACUCUAACAGAAGUCUAAAGAUGAGUGAUCAUUCAUUGGUUGAGAAUGAUCCUCUUGUCUGUGUUCAAUUCAUUCAGGGUUCAUGUUUAACUGGAGGACUUUACGUUCAGUAUCCUGAGAUAAGGCAGAAGAAGAAGAGACUAAGGCUCAUAGAUGGAUCAGGACCAUAUAAGCUUUGUGCAUCAAAAAUAAAUCACCCAGGAGAUCCAGGUGCAUCUAAACCGAAAUGUUGGUUUCUUUAAAAGUUGAAAUCUAUUUUAAAUCAGUUAAAGUUGCUGUUACUUUAGAAAUAAAGCAGUCAGUGUCUUGAAAAUGAAAAGUCUACAUCUGUUUGGACUUUUGAAAGACAUCUUUCUGACUUUAAAAGAGGUUAGGACAUGAAGCAGUACUUCACACGUGGUUAUUGUUGUGAGAAUGUUGCAGUUUGGUUCGGUUUAGACGCCAUGUUGGUGUAGUUAUCUUACACUCUGUAAAACAAGACAUCACCCACUGGUUUCUGAAGUCAAGCAAUGGUGUCACCAUAUUGCACAAGCUGACCGAAGCCAAACUUUCAGUCUAGAAAUUACAACAAGCCAAAUGUGCCUUUAUAUCAUCGUACAGGAUGUGUUAUAAUAAAGUUCGCCUUUCAUUCAGUGUGUACGAAUACAUGAAUGACCUCCAGAGACCAAACUAUUUUUUGAACCAGGCUGUAAACAUGUUCAAUUCUGCUGUAAAAAUUACAUUUUAACCAAGCGGUUUUGAGAAAUUAAGCCACUGCAGUUCCUCAAGUGUCCACUAGAGGCUGGCUCCGAAAGCACAGGAAGCCACAUACACACCCAUUCAAAGAAGACGAUCUUCACAGCAGAAAUAAACACGUUUACAGCCUGGUUCAAAAAGAGAUUUUAGACCGAGUAGCUCAUUUCUUUGUCGGCGCACACUGUACGAAAGAUGUAUUUUUUUAGAACUUGUUAGAUUUGAGGAUUUUAAGGUUACAAGUUUUGCCCAUAUAUGGGCGUGGCUGACUUGAUUGACAGGUGGGAACACUGUAGCUGUUUGAGAGGAGGGUCAGCCACAGAAACCAAUGGGUGUUGUCUCUGAGACUACAUACAGUCUGUGGUUUUAAUGAGGAUCGCUCCACUUUUGAAGACGGCCUCUAGUGGACACUGGAGGAACUGCAGUUUUAGCAUUCUUGUUUGUUAUGUCUUGUCAAAGGUUUGAAGGCCAAACUUCUCCAAACUGCAACAUUUCAACAACUUAAACAUCUUAAAUCUCCCAAGGUGAAAAGUCAGCUCGUCUUUUAUUAUUUUUCUGUUUGAAAUCGUCGGUGAGAUUUACGAUUCUUCAACGUUUCGCCGCCUCAGAUUCACGUUUUACCUUCUGAACACACACAGCUCAUCACACACUGAUCUCUUCUUCACGUUCGGCUGCACUUACUGAUGUUUUAUGAUUGAAUGUAAAUAUGUAAAUAGGUCCUGACGUCCCUGCAGUUCUGUUUAUAAGAGAGAAGGGUUUUAUUAUUAUAUCGGUUAAAUAUUCAGAGCGUGACACGUGUACGGAGUCGGAUUUAAAAUAUACGGUGACGGUUUUUUUAUUUUAUUGGGAAAUAUUUUUUAAAAGAAUAUCUGAUUUUUUUAAAGAUCAGUUUCAUGAUUUGUUUUAUUGUUAUAUUGUUUUAUUGUUGAUGUGUCAGUGGACCAACAGGACGCUCAGAGAUCUCUGUUUUUCUAUGUUUGUACCAAUAAAUCCUCUUUUACUGUUCA